UAAAUAACUGCGUAGUGAAGGCACGUUGAUAACCUUCUUUCUGUGUCUAACGUUAUGUGACCUGCCAUUAUUUGAGUAUUCGGAUGUACCAGAUAACUACUCUACAAAUCUAGGAUGCGUCGGUCAGGAGCUCCCAGUCAGCUGCAAGGCAAUAUGACUAAAAGGAUGCGAUUUGUGCCUCCUGGGGCGCAGCGGCUUCCUCCUGGUCGAAGCCCUACCACUCCUGAAAACAGUCCACUGCCCCUGCAGCCCAAGCCUACGCUCACCAACAAAGUCAGCACGGUGCAGAUGCCGGUCAGUGGGAGGGUAUGUGAGUCUCGGGUGUCAGGAGCUUUGGCACGGGUGCUCAGCGUGGUUCCAGUCUCUGAGAAGACCACAGAUACAUCCUCUGAGGGAGAAGAGAAUACACACACUCAUGUCACGGAUGAGGAGAGCGUGGAGAACACACUGCCUCCCCAACCUCAGGCCCGCCAGAGCCAACCCAUCAGCACAUCACCUACAGAGCGGUACUUCAGCGUCAUGUGGUGUAAAGCGUCAAACAGGAAACAUAAGCGCUGGGAAGGCGAUGCCGUUCUGGUUGCAAGGGGGCGGAGUGUUGUGCUGAAGGACAUGGAGGGGAAGGAUAUUAGUCGAGGUUCUGGUUACAAAGUUUUAGAGCUGGAGAGUCUGGCUGAAGGUGAAACCUUGAAGGUUUCUGGGAAGGAGAUUGAGGUCAUGGGGGUCAUCUCUGUGGAGGACUAUGCCACGGGUCGUUGCUUCCAAGAAGUCUCGACAGUAACCUCUGCAGUGCCCGCGCUCGAGGCGACUGUCGCCAGGGCAACAGCAAAAGCCUUCUCUCGCCCAAGUCUGAAGGGUGGAGUCACAAAACCACGAGAAGUACAGAGAGAGAUACAACCCCGCCAUAACCCAAAUGCACCAGGCGCUUUAGUUAUGCCACGGCCUCCAGCCAAUCACCAGUGGCUUUGGAACAAAGGUGGUCUUCAGGUGGUGGAUGUUGUGAUGGAUUCUCAUCUGACCAAUCAUCUGAGACCGCAUCAGAGAGAGGGUGUGAUCUUUCUCUAUGAGUGCAUUAUGGGAAUGAGACUGUCGGGGCGCUGUGGUGCCAUCCUGGCGGAUGAGAUGGGCCUGGGGAAGACUCUGCAGUGUGUGAGCUUGCUGUGGAUGCUGCUGAGGCAGGGUCCGUACGGAGGGAAGCCUGCCAUCACCAGUGCCCUUGUGGUCGCCCCCGGCAGUCUGGUCAAGAACUGGGGGGCAGAGUUCAAUAAGUGGCUGGGACGAGAACGACUCCGAGUCUACAUGGUGGAUCAGGAUCACCGUGUGGAGGAUUAUGUGGCGUCUCCGGUGUGUCCGGUGAUGGUGGUCAGUUAUGAGAUGGUGCUGCGCACGGCAAGCUUAUUGCAGAAGCUGGAUUUUGGCCUGCUCAUCUGUGACGAGGGCCACCGGCUGAAAAACACACACAUUAAAACCACCAGCGCUCUUCACACACUUUCCUGCUCCAGGAGAAUCAUACUGACGGGGACCCCUGUGCAAAAUGACCUUCAAGAGUAUUACUCCAUAGUUGAGUUUGUGAAUCCAGGCGUUCUGGGAUCUGCAGCGGCAUACAGGAAGAUUUAUGAAGAGCCAAUCAUUCGCUCCCGUCAGCCUACCUGCACUCAGGAGGAGCGCUCUCUGGGAGAGGAGCGUGCGACGGAGCUGUCUCGACUGACAGGGGUGUUCACCCUGAGGAGAACACAGGAGAUCAUUGGCCAGUACCUCCCUGGCCGCGUGGAGUGGACGCUGUUCUGCCGGCCGACUCCGCUGCAGACCAGCCUGUACACACACCUGCUGAGCACACGGGCAGUGCGGGCCUGCCUCAACGCCUCCGUCCCACACCUCGGCACACACAGCCCUCACUUGGCCUGCAUCAGCGCCCUCAAGAAGCUCUGCAACCACCCAGGACUGCUCUAUAACACUAUGAAGGAGAGCACUGAGGGUUCUGUGUGUGAGGGCCUGUCAGCAGAGCUCUUCCCUGAAGCCUACAGCAGUGGCAGGUUUAGCACGGACGAGUCAGGGAAACUCCUGGUGCUGUGUGACCUCUUGGCAGCUAUACAGCACUUCAACUCCACAGACAAGGUGGUGUUGGUCUCUAACUACACCCAGACUCUCGACGUGCUUCAGGAUGUUUGUGCUCAUCUCGGAUACACCUGCUGUCGUCUGGACGGCAGCACCCCUGUUGCCAAGCGACAGAGCCUUGUGGAAUCUUUCAACAAGCCGAGCUCCGCCCACUUCCUCUUCCUGCUCAGCUCCAAAGCAGGAGGGGUGGGCCUUAACCUGGUGGGCGCCUCCCACCUUGUGUUGUACGAUAUCGACUGGAAUCCUGCCAACGACAUUCAGGCAAUGGCACGUGUGUGGAGAGAUGGUCAAAGGAAAACUGUUCACAUCUACAGACUUCUGACCACAGGCACGAUUGAGGAGAGGAUCUACCAAAGGCAGGUGUGUAAGCAGGGUUUGUCUGGUGCAGUAGUUGACCUAGGAAAAGGGGCCGAUCACAUCAGCUUCUCUUCUGAGGAGCUGCGCGACCUUUUCACCUUUGAACCCAAGACAACCUGCCUCACACACCACCUCCUGGGCUGCCACUGUGCAGGGGAUGGAGCGAUACCAUCUUUACCAGAGGAGGAGACCACAGUGGGUGGAAGGGCAUGUCAGCUGGGUCGUCGUGCCGACAGCGUGAGCGCUCCCCAGCGGGUUAGCAUGUCUGAGCUCAUGCAGUGCGGACACUACUCAGGAGACAAGCAGUCGUAUGGAGAUGCUUACCUAGACCACGCCCACUCACACAUCACCUAUGCUUUCCAGAGUAUGAGCAUUAACAUGCAACACUCAACGUAGCACAAGCUGACAUACAAUAUACAUACAAACAUAACAUAUACAUACAAACAUAACAUAUAUACAAUAUAC